AUGGAUGUGUCCGGCAGCUUCAGCGGAGAUGAGCUCAUACCGGAUAGCUGUCUCGAGUCGGAAUGGAUUGAUGAAGAUGAGGUGUUUGCAAUUCUGAAACAAUGGGAAACACGCGGCGGUCGCGGCAACGGCAAAGCGGCAACCAGCGGCUGGUGCAACCUGGGCAACAACGGCGGCGGUCACAUCCUUCUGAAUCAGAGCUUUGGCAACGAGCACAGCAGCCCCAGCAGCAUUCCUGGAAAAUUGGAAUCACUACCAACUGAACAGCAGGUCUCCGAGUGCGUUACAGAAUGUAUCAAAAAAGAGCAUAUGCUCGAUGAUAUCGAUAGUAUAGAACAUGGCAAGCGGCUGCUGAAUCCAAACAGUAGCAGUCAAAGAUUCGUCGACACGGGAACGUUCACGAGACCUAAGAAAAGGAUAGAGUAUAGCGCACCGAACAGCGCUAGCACUUUGUGCGCAGAAAAUAACCCGUUGUCAACUUCCCACAAUGAGCUUGCCAGUGGAGGAUCGCCACUGCUUAAUGUACAAAUCGGAGGACCCGUCACACCUUCUUCCUUGGCUACGUCUGCCUUAGCUACAUCCGCUACCGGUAACCGGCUCCUUAUGCAACGUAGCUGGCUAAACGAUGUCUCUCCACCUUGCUCGAUCAUGAACUCGAUGGAGUUCUCUACGAAUGAGAGGAUCGCGAGCAGCCUAAUCACUAGCGGAGACUUCAGCAGCGUUGGAUGUUUGCUGAAUGCAAGUGACGAAAAUGUGGGAGCGAGCAUACCAAGUGUGGGGAACGCCAGCUAUAACGGAUACAAUCUGUACAGUGUGAUCGAGGACAGGCAGCGAUUGGAGAGUCUGUGUCUGGAUGAGGAAAGCACACUCACGAAAGAUUGCAACAUCUCACGAACGGACUUGAACGCGAUCGAAAGUGUGUCCGGUGUGAGUACGAUGCAAAACUCGUACGAAAGUAGUGGCCGAACAGCUGUGCUGAUGGGUUCGCCAGGCAAAUCUUCAGUCGAGGAAGAAAGUUCGCCACCUAUUACCGUAGGAGCAGAAACAGAACGUGAACCUCGCACAGGACUGAUCGAUACGACGGUCACUACCGCGAUCGUUGCGAACGAUACGUUCGACGUACCGACGGAGAUAUCAGAAACAGAAGCCGAAAGCAUUCUUACUUCUAAGCUGUUGGCACAUAUGACGAAUUCUGGUGGCACAUAUGAUAUGCGACGAGCCCGCAACUUUAAUACGUACAGAAAGCCUCGCUCAUCGUUAAAUCAAACAUUCGAAGGGCUACCACGGGUUGAUACGGAUGGAGAGGUCGGACGGGAAUCAACCGUCGUACCACCGAUCGUUGAGCAAACAUUCGAUGGACAAGUACCGAUGGCUGUCAAUGAUAAGCAUGCGGUCAUGAACAGUACCUUCGGUAUCGUUGGUGAGGAACAGCUCGGAGGCGUUGCAAACGGUCACGGAACGUUCAUAAAAAAUUGCACGGUCACCAACGACGAUGUGCGAUUAUUAAACCUGACGCAUGGCACGGUGGAAUCGGAGUUAGCAAUCACACCUCCACCUGCUGUUCCAUUCGAUCGCACCUUUAAACGUCGUCCACGCAAUGGAACGUUUACGGGUGGAGAGGACGAUAUACGCCAUCUGCCACUUGAUAGCCCGCUCCGACCAACAGUGAUAGGGCAUGAGGAGAGUAAUGUUAAUACACAACCGGAAUCAGAAGCGAGACCGCGCGAACAUUGCACACCAAAUGGAACGUUCAGUGAGCUGCAACAGCACAGCAGUUCGAUGCUGGUGCAGUCUACGCCAUUCCAUGGACCGUCGACACGGGUAAAAGCAGCCCCGGAAAUAGAGGAAAUAUCUCCAAUUGGUCCCGAAAACACCCAAAGGACACCAACCAGUGGCUUUGGGCGCACUAUUGUACGGCGAAGUCGAAAUCUCGAGCAAGAUCUACGUAAUGCCUCUUACGAGGUUUCGAAACCGACCCUAAUGCAUGGGGAUGGUGCUGCUGGUGAAAUGCUCGAUCUAGAAACGGAUGACUUCGAUGUUCAGAUCCGACGCCUACCGUCGACUGGAACUAGCCAUGGCACGGACAUAUCGAAUUUCCUCGACGCGGAGAAGCGCAUCUCGCUGCAGCACUUUGAGGAGUUUGAGAAAUCAAUACUGGAAAGCGAACACAGCGGAAUCGAUUUCGAUGAGAUGCUCAACUCGCUAACGGCAGAUGUGCGACGGUCGGAUGAAGCGGGCGAUAAGCUAAGACAGUCGCUGGACAACAUUAAAAAGCGGCACUCGCGCAUCAAUCUUGAAAAGCAACAACAGGAUGAAAUGAAGCGGAAAUUGCACCAGCAGCAGCAACCGGCAACGCUGGUGGAGGCACAAUGCGACAAUAAGCUUGCGGACUCGAUGCUGUCGAAAAGCGGUAGCAUGUGCUCGUCGAGUGGAAGCGAAAGACUGUUAAACCGUAGAAGUAGAUACAACGAGGAUGUGCACCUGACAUUAUCGCCGCCACAACAGCAACCGCCACCGUCAUCGAUCAACACGACGGUAGUCAUGCCAAAUGGGGGCAGUGAAGGAUCCGCUGAAACGAACGAUCCCGCUUCUACACCCAACGAGGUAGAAACGUACGAUCGUAAAAAUCGGGAUCGCUUCAAAACGAUACGUUUAGGAAGAAGACGGGAUGAUUCGCUGGGAGCCGCCAUACCUGAUGUAGAUCAGGAGCUGGGCGCUGUACAACCCAUGUUGAAUGGAUCUGAGGAAGAUAGUAUCAGCAAUAGCGGUACUGGUAGUAGUGCCUUUAGCAAGUUAGAUCAUAACUCACUGAAAACGGCAUCGGCCCACUCGUUCGCUAAUGGCGGCAGAAUGUUGGGUAACAAUAAUCUGCCAUCGAUGAAGACUGAACACACCGGCGACGAUGAUGAGGCCGUGUUUAAGAAACCACAAGCAAUCCCUACCCAGCAACUGUCUGGACUCGCACGGCCUGGCGAAAGUCGGUUGCGAAGUACCCUUUCGAAGCCUCGCUACUACGGCAAUGCCCCGAUGCAAGCGACAGGUGGAAUCCAGCGUAAAGAUCUUACGCUCCCGCUGGGCAAUAAAUCUAACUCGACUGAUUGCUUAGAACAGCGGGAACAAGACCUGUAUCUUCAACAGCAACAACUACAGCAGCACCAACAAAAGUUGCAGCAACAACCAACAUCCCGAUUAGCGACAACAUCCAAGCUGGGUGGUGGUAGUGGCGGUCUACUAGGCACAGGAAGGUACUCGCAGUUUGGCCUAGCAAAUAAGCAACUGCAAUUGCAGCAACAGCAGCUUCAAACAGAUGUGGUGCCGCAUCAACCGGGUGCACCACCUGCCCUAAAGUCUCCAAUGGGCACGAAGUCAAAGUCCUACCAUAGUCUCACGUUUGCCCAGGCUAAUAACAGCAGCGGUUAUGGUGGGUCCAGCGGCAAUCUCUCAAGGCUACAUGGGUCGUCUGCACUUCAGCUGAAACUGAAGCACAAUUCCAGCAACACAGAGCUGAAAAGUAACACAUCCAAGCGAUCCUCGCUGCAGCAGCAAGCAGCUUCCAACUUGCGGAAUGCGUCCAACGGAUAUCAACAGGGUGCCGGAGCGGGAGCAGGGAUGGUGAGCCGUGCCAGCUUACCCCUGGUGCGGUCUCCCGCUGCUCAGCCAAAUGCAGCUCGAACCAGCCUGAACAACAGCUCUACCGCUGCUGCAAUGGCUAACAAAAACGCUCUGAAUACUACUACCACUCUCUCCGGCGGUGUACAGAUGCGCACAGCCAGCGGAAUGGCAAAAACGUCCCGGCUUGGUCUGAUACGCCCGUCGUCCGGAUACUUUAGCUACAAUACGCACCGUAAGCACCCAGACUCAGAUAACGAGUCGGUCAAUAGCCUGUCAUCCUCAUCGGCUAGCUCCCGAGGCAGCCUGUAUCGUGUAGAUAGUCAAAGCAUAGCGAACAAUGUACAACCGCAACAGUUCACGACCGCCACCAGAACCAAUAGUAUCGAGGACGUUAGCGGCGCUAAUAGUGGCGUGGGUAAUGGUUUGCUAACGAAACUUAAUGGCACCGGUGCAGGAAUGGGCCCAGGAGUGCUGAGCGCGUACGCAUCAAUCGAACCACCGCUACCGAAGACGGUCCCUUGUUCGACGGCGGCGUCAACGACAGGUUUGAAGCAACCGACCAGUGGAGUGAAACCUUCCGGGCUGAGGCCACCGUCCGCCAUCCGACCACCGACCGUACGCAGCGGUCUACCACGUCCAACGAGCUACAUACGACGAUAG